GUGUUCAUGCCGGGGGACCGUAUCAUCCAGCAGGGCGCGGAAGGGAACUCCAUGUUCAUCCUGUCCGUGGGAUCCGCUGAGGUGGUCAAGGAGAGCCUUGAGGAGUUUGCCGGACUGCUAGUGAGGAAUCUCCACUUCAUUGGAGGCCUCACCUACGGCAGUGUCUUCGGCGAGCUGGUUAUGCUUGGCGUGCAGUCGAAGCGCACCGCCUCCAUCAUCGCUAGCUCGACUUGCUGCACCUGGGAG